UCUGUGCCAGCUCUAACCAGAUUGUUAUUGCACAUUCUUAUCAUACCCCAAGAAAAAUAAAAUUAAAAAAAAGACCCUUUUUCUCUUAUCUCCCUCUUUCCUCACAUUCAGACAGACACCUUUGCACUUUGCAUUGGCAUUAGUCUCAUUUUUUGUGUUCCAAGCCAUUGUUUGUUCCUCUGCUAAUUUUUCGUCCAAGAGGGUGUUUGGUUACUCUCUCUCUUUAUCUGCAUUGUCUGGUUUGAUUUGAGGAACCCAACAAGGUUUUCUUUCAAGAGCUUUCUGUGGCAUUCCCUUUCACCUUGCAGUUUUCCUUGGCUUUUGCAAGUGCUGAGGAGGUUGGGGGAAAUGCUUUGACAACCCAGAAUUGGACUAUGAGUUUCAAUGAGAUAAAGUUGUUAACUUUAUGUUUGUGAGAAUCCGAAUCUGGUGAAAUUGGCUGGAGGGUGUGUUCUGUAGUUUUACCAGAAAUUGUUUACUUGCAACUGGGAAAGCAUCUUUCUGAAUCCAUUUUGGGACUACAGAACUGUGGGAACUGUUUCAUUCUUUUUGUAAUUAUCAGGGUUAGGACUGCAUAAAUUGAGGCAUGCACUAAGAUUUAAGGGUGAAGGAAAAGAGAGGAGGUUUAUUACUUUAUUUAGUUUAUCUUUAAGCACAAUGGAUUUUGUUUUGGGAUGGUGAUGGUCCCUUUGAGCUGGUGAAGUUCUGGAUUCUGUAUUGUUCUAUUUGUAGUAGAAACAUAAUUAUUUUUUCCCAGAAGGGGUUUGCACUUUGCGUAUUGUGUAAGUAGAUUUAAGAGUAUUAAAGCAAACAACUUUUAUGAAGAGGGUGUAAAAUUGAUUGUGGUGGUUGAGGGUGAAGGGUCUAGUUCAAUUGAAGAAGAAAAGGUUGAUAUGGCAGCAAAGCUCCUGCAUUCUUUAGCAGAUGACAACCCAGAUCUGCAGAAGCAGAUAGGAUGCAUGACUGGGAUUUUCCAACUCUUUGAUCGAAACCAUAUUAUCACGGCUCGCCGCAUUAGCCAGAAGAGGCUUCCUUCUGGUAAUUCGCAUUUCAGUGAUGGCAGCUUGGAAAGAGAUUCUGAUAACAUACACCAUCGACAAACAUCAACUGAUACCAACUUAAACAAGGGUGUGAAUGAAAGGCAAAGAAUUUCAACUGAAUCAUCAAGAGCAUCAUUCUCUUCUUGUUCAUCAUCAGUGUCGUCUCUGGACUGCAAGGCUGAAGCAGAUGCCCCAUUUGAUCGGAUUCUUUUUCCUGAAACUCCUUCAAGAGAUGUAGUUAUGAACCAACCAACCAUCUCUCCCCAUUUUGGAUGUCAGUCCCUUGACCUGAGGGAUGUGGUGAAGGAUUCUAUGUACAGGGAAGCGCGAGGUUUUUCAGUCAAGACUACAGCCAAAGAGGAAUCUGCCAUUAAUGCCGCAAAGCACAGGGAUUCACCGCGACCUAUUCAGAUGUCUAAAUCUGUUGAUGGAUCUUACAGAGUUGGAAUAGAUGGAAAACAAAGUGUGCCUAUUGAUCUAAAGGAGUCGAUCCGAGUCCUUGCUAAGCUUAGAGAAGCACCUUGGUAUCAUGCAGAAACCAAAGAACCUCCAAGAUCAUCACAUGAAGUAAAAGAUGGACACUGGCAUUCCAUUUCAAAGGAUGCUCCUUGGUUUGCUUAUGAAGGAAAAGAAAUAAGCCGUUUAUCUUUUGAAUCACGAGAUACCAUUAAAUCCACACCAAAGCUAAAAGAGCUUCCUAGACUUUCACUGGAUAGUAAGGAAGGCUCGUUGCGCACUUACAGUUCUGACUCAAAACCCAGUCACCUCUCAAGGAACAUUUACAGUGGCACAUCCACCUCAAAUGACAAAUUCUCAAUCCCACAACAAUCUUCAGCGACCCCGAGUCGUCCACCUAGUGUUGUGGCUAAAUUAAUGGGCUUGGAAGCGUUACCAGAUUCCUCUUUGGCUGUUGACACUCAAUCAAGUUCAACUGAAGCUUACUCAGCACAAGAUAAUGGCCAGUUUCCUAGAUCAUCAAAAAAUGGACUCACCAGGCCACUCCGAAUUUCUAAUUCUCCGAAAAUCUCAUUGAAAGACCCAACUUCCCCACGGCGAAAGAAUCCUGAUCUGGUUAUGAAACCCAUCUCAAGUUCAAGAGUUCCCAUUGAACCAGCACCAUGGAAGCAGCAGGAAGGAAAUCGAAGCUCCCAGAAACCGAGUUUAAGGACCUCAAAGGCUUCAGCAAGAGCACCAGAAUCCUUUCCUUCAGUUUAUAGCGAGAUAGAGAAGAGAUUGAAGGAUCUUGAAUUCAAACAAUCUGGAAAAGAUCUCAGAGCACUAAAACAAAUACUUGAAGCAAUGCAAGAAAAGGGGCUAUUAGAGAGCAGAAAAGAAGAAGAGGCUCCAAAUGUUGUUGGAAGUCAAAGUGUCUAUGAACCAAAAACUACCAACCAAAUUCAGAAUACCAGGUCAGUAAGGCAACCAAACACUCAGAGAAACAAUUUUCUAUCUUCCACACUCAAGGGGUCUGACACAGUAAGGGGUUUUGAAUCCCCAAUAGUGAUAAUGAAACCAGCAAAACUUGUUGAGAAAACUGUCAUUCCUGCUUCUUCAGUCAUUCCAAUUAGUGGCCUUUCUGGUUCCCAGAAACACCAGAAUGGUGGUGUAUGUUUAGAUAAUAAAACUGGUACAUCUGCUACUCGAGUAGCUAAAGAUCAGUCUCCCAGAAACAAUCACCGGGAUGUGUCUGCCAGUUCCACUGAUAAGAAAGCAGGUAGUAGUAAGAGUACAAGAUCAGUACAAUCUCAAGCUAGGUCUCAACAACUUCCCAAAGAAAAUAACCAAAAUUCAGUGAAGCACUCAGGAUCAGUGAGCCCGAGAUUGCAACAGAAGAAGUUGGAUUUAGAGAAGCGGUCUCGUCCACCUGCUCCACCAUCAGAUUCAAGCAAACCAAGAAGACAAUCUGGUAAGAAGGCCCCAGAAUUGGGUUCCCCAGGUGGAAAACUGAGACCCAAAACCCUCAACUUGCAGCAUAGUGACGAGCAACUGAGUGAGAUAAGCAAUGAAUCAUAUUCAAGAAGUUUAAGUUGCCAAGGGGAUGAAAUUUCUCUGCAAUCAGACAGUUUAACUGUCUACUCAAAGAUGGAUAUGGAAGUUACAAGUAGUUUACAAUCUGUUGAAAUUGAUGACAGCCAAAGCCCAUCUUUGAAGGCUGUGAAGCAACUGAUUUCAGAGACAGUGCAGAAAAAAUCAACUACAAGGUUGGAUGAGGAUGAGACAGUUGCAGAACUUGCCACAGAUGCCCCAGAACAUCCAAGUCCUAUCUCAGUUCUUGAUGGUUCUGUGUACAGAGAUGAUGUGCCAUCCCCAGUAAAGCAGAUAUCUGAAGAUUCAAAAGCUGAUGAUGCUCAAGAAUCUAAAGAAGAUGAGACUAAAGAUCAGUGGGACUCUGUAGAUAGCCUUUCAUUUAACAGCGCAGGAUCCGGCGAGAUCAAUCGCAAGAAAUUACAGAACAUAGACCACCUUGUUCAGAAGCUUCGACGGCUGAACUCCAGUCAUGACGAAGCCAGAAUCGAUUACAUUGCUUCCCUAUGUGAAAACACAAAUCCAGACCACAGAUACAUCUCUGAAAUAUUAUUAGCUUCAGGCCUCUUACUGAGAGAUCUGAGUUCUGAGUUGAUGACAUUUCAACUUCACUCAUCGGGUCACCCCAUUAACCCUGAGCUGUUCCUUGUCUUGGAACAAACCAAGGCAAGUAGCUUGCUUCCAAAAGAAGAAACCGGGCCCGGAAAAGAUGCUUGUAUGAAGCUGAACAAAGAGAAAUUUCACAGGAAACUAAUCUUUGAUUCUGUGAAUGAGAUUCUUGGUGCAAAAUUUGGCUCCUCCCCAGAGCCAUGGUUUCAGCCGAACAGCAACAAACUGACAAAGAAAACCUUGAGUGCUCAAAAGCUGCUUAAAGAACUAUGCUUUGAGAUUGAAAAGAUUCAAGCCAAGAAGCCAGAAUGCUGCUUUGAGGAUGAAGAUGAUGGCCUGAAAAGCAUUCUGUGUGAAGAUGUUAUGCAUGGCUUAGAAAGUUGGACAGAUUUUCAUGGUUAUUUACCUGGGGUUGUGUUGGAUGUUGAGAGACUGAUAUUUAAGGACUUAGUAGAUGAGGUUGUGAUUGGUGAGUCAGCUGGUUUGAGACUCAAGCCAUCAGUUAGGCGCAGGAAGCUAUUUGGAAAGUAGUUUGUUCAGUUCUUCCCUUUCUCACUGAUAUUAGAUCUAUAUAAUUUUCUUCUCAUUUGCUUAUAUAAAGUUUUCUUCUGUCAAGGCAUAUAAGUUUGCUUGUUAGAGCUUUCAUUAUUUAUUUUUUUGCUAAGGUGUAAAGAAAUUUGAGUUACCAUGGGUUUAUGGCAUACAUAAUACAUAAAAACUGAAAGUUCCUUAUGUGAAA